AUGAAGUCAGCGGUUAUCGCGUACAAGGAGAAAACAAUUCAAGAGAUUCUGUCUGUGGCCUCUCAAGUAACUAUUGAUGACGUAUUCAACUUGCUUUCAAGAGGUGAGCAGUUUGUGCGUUCUUCUUUGCAAGAUAGGUCUGCGAAAAGAAAGCUGGCUUCAUUGUUGCUCCUUCGGGGAAAGCGGAUGCAGCCGGGAAAUCGUGGUGCGGUCAUGGAAGAGCUGAUGCCGAUCCUUCUAGAAACUAGAGACACCUCAGAACUUCAGGAGUUGGUGGCUGACAUGGAUGAGCAAGAAGUCCUAUGGUUGCUUUCUCAAGCAGACGAAGGUUUCAUGAAAACCCUGAGCGUACCUGCGCCUUGCAAGAUCUUGGUCUGCAAGGAGCUUGCUCGCAGAAUCGCAAGCUCCACAGGUGCAGAUGAGCAGGGCGAGCGCUUGAAUUACCUGUGGGAUUUCCUUCACCAACAUCAGGCAACAAAUGCACAAGAAUCCUGGGUGGAAGCAGCAUCUUUGGUGCUGGCAGCUUUCAGCCGCAUGUUGACAGUGCAAAUGGAACGGCUUGAUGUCAAGCUGCUCCGCCAUGCUUGCGGUUUCCUGUGCAACCAAGAGUUUGCCGCAAGUUUGGCAAAAAAGUUUUUCGACUCUGACCUUGGCAUUUCCAGCUUAGAGAAGUGGCCCCCACAGAGUUCGGCUUCCAUCUUUGCCGCUCUGGCCUCGCUUGUGGAUGACGACAAAGAUGAGGAGAAGCUUGAACUGUUGGUGAAAGCACAUGAGUUGAAUGAUUCUGAUGCCGAGGUGCGUUUCGCUCUGUCGAAGCAGCUUAGUCGAUGUAUGCUGCGCCAGCGCACAACUGAUGACGGCAAACAUUUGGAAGGGUUGCUCCUGAAGCUACAUUUGGAGAGGGAAGAGGAAAUUCCUGCCGAAGUGAUGUCCAAACUAUCCCUUCAGCAAGAGAGUCUCAAGAGUUUGUGUGGUCCGCAGCUCAUCCUUCUUGCAGAAAUGCUCAAAAAGGGCGAUCGACGAGCAGAUGGAGCUCGCGUAGCUGUUGCUGCUGCGGAAACCUUCUCUGCAGAUGGGAAGGAAGAUGAAUCUCAUGGAGCCAUCGCCUUUGCGCACUAUCUAGACCGCACCAACGACGAGGCAUCCUUGAUGUUGUGCAACCUUCUUGGAAGCAUCGUGGGCAAGUGUAAAGGCUUGGAUUCCAAGUGCCAGGAUUUGGACAAAAGGUCUACUGGUCUCAAUGAGAAAUACACCGAGCUUUUAGACAAAUACAAACAGCUGCAGAAGGCUCAAGAGGCGCAGCGCAAGCAAAGCCAGAAGGCUGAAGAGGCGCAGCGGAAGCAACUCAGCAACAGAUGCCAUGAGCUCGAGAAGGCUCAGCGAGCCAUCAAACCUCCUGUGUGGCAGUUUACGUGGGAUUUGUCGGGCUACAACUUCACCAACUUCACCGAAGAUCAGCAGCAGCUCAGCGAGAAGUUCCAGCUCGGGGCGUCCGGCGUCGAGGCCUGGCUCGACUUGCGCCCCAAGGCUUCGCCAGACAAGGCGUCUCUGUUUCUUUGGGUCAGCGAGCCCGUUUGGGUGAAGUGGAGAUUUCAAGCGGGCAGCUGGGAAAACACUCUGGAGUGGGAUUUUCAACAAAACGCGGAUGGAGGUGAUCCGCUAAAUCGUGGUUGGGGGAAAGCAAUCCCGAUUUCCAACCUCGCUUCGGGCAUCGCCUUCCAUCUGCUGAGCGUCCGCCGCGCCGGGUCCUCCUUGCGUUUGGUCGCUCCGGGCUCCUGA